UUUAAAGUCAAGUAAGCAAAAUUAAAAAUGCUCAAUUAUAUUUCAAUUUAAAUAUUUUACCUUUUUUUAUCACGCUAUACUUUUUGAUGAAUGGACUAGAUGCUCUAAAGUGUCUGUGAAAUGAAAUGAAAAGUUACAUAAAUAUUAAUCCGUUUUCCUGUGAUGAAUACCACAAGUCUACAAGUUUCUGAAGAUGCUUGGACAGCAUGCGAAAGAACUUGAAAAAAGUUUCACUGAAAAGAAACACGGUACAAACUCAGGUUCAGAUGUGACAAACAUAAAACCAGAAUUUUCUAUCCGAAUAGUUGUCUGUGAUCAUUACUUAACAAAGCCAUUGCCUGGAAUAGAUGUCAUAUAUUCAGAAUUUCGAGGGUCAGAUAUAAAGCAGGUACCAGUGUUGAGAAUAUUUGGGCCCACGCCUGAUGGACGAAAAGCAUGUUUGCAUAUACAUGGAGUAUUCCCCUAUUUUUACAUACCUUGCCCUACACCAAAUCCAGAGCCCCAGUUUUUAUAUCAAAUAGCAGCCAGUUUAGACAAAGCUCUGAACAUUGCACUAAAACAAGCAACAUCAGCAAAUCAACAUGUUUACAAAAUAACUUUGGUAAAAGGAUUACCUUUUUAUGGAUUUCAUGAAAAAGAACAUCUAUUUUUAAAAAUAUUUUUGUAUAGCCCUGGUCUUAUAAGACAAGCAGUUGAAUUGUGUACUAAUGGAGCAAUUUUAGGGCAAUCUUUACAACCUCACGAGUCUCAUUUAAAUUUCACAUUGCAAUUCUUUAUCGACUUCAACCUUUUUGGUAUGAGUAACAUUGAUUUGCAAUGUAUAACAUUUCGUAGAAAUGGCCUAUCACAGUAUAGUGACGAGUCUAAUAAAUCAUUUGAGGAUAUACGCUUAAAACCGGAAAGCAGUUGUUAUUACGAAGCUGACUGUACAGCAUCUCAUAUAAUAAACCGUCAAAGAGUAGGCAGAGGUGAUGGUAUUGAAAACCCUGGUCUUGAAGAGGUAUGGAAUCAAGAGAUAGAAAGGCGAAAACAACUAAAUGCAUCGAUUUCUUCCAAAUCACUAUCUCAGGGUCGAAUAGGUAUUGAGGAAACAGAGACGCACAGUAAAUUCGAAAAAAUGAUGGCCAUUAAACUAGCGGAUAUAGUUGAGAUACCAGUAGAUGAUAAGAAUGUAACAGAAUUAGUACACUAUCCAGCCGAAACUCAAGAUGGUUUAGAAUUGUUAAAUGCUACUGACAUAAGUAAUCAUAUACCAAUAAGUACAAUUAAUUUGAGUAUUAAUACAACUAUGAGAAGAGUACAAGAUGAGUCAAUUUACGAUAUAGAUAAUACUGUUGUCGAUGAAGAUGUUGCUUUAAAUAGCAGUUUUUCAUUAAAAUACAGCCAGGUUUAUUUGGACAGUGAAGAUUUAGAUCUGGUUGAUAUGUUACAAGAUUUAGAUGAACAGCCUGCUGAAGAUGGCAGUAUUAUGGGUACACCAGCAAAUUCUGAUGUAGAACAAGAUGUAGAUUUUGAUGCUGAAUAUUCGCAAAUCUUUAAUGAGGAAACAAUUCUUUUGGAUCCUGAUACUUGCAACAAGGAAAAUAGCGAAAACUCGCCUUCUUGGCAUGAUUCCUUUUGGGAUGGAGCUAAUAUACCUCAAUUGGAUGGCACAUUUGAUGACGAUCAUGUAAAAAAAGUAAGAAAACGAAAAAUGAGACCCCUUAAAGUAGGCUUAUCGCGGCCGAAAGGCAAGAAAGUAGAUUUAAAUAAAAUAUCUGAAGAAAAUAAACUAAAGGCCGACCAAGAUAAAGCAAAAGAUAGUGAAUCCGAUGAAAUUAAUGUUUCUAGGGAAACCGUAGAUGAUAUCUCAAGUGUACACCUUAUGAGGACCUCUAACUUAGAUUCUCCCAUAAAAGAAGCUCGAUUGAAAGAUGCGUUAAAAGAAGAUCUUGAUAAUAUAAAGAUUGCUCAAAAUUCAUUAGAAAAUAAAAAGGCAGUACCUAAUGUAGCUACUCUGUAUGAUUUAAAGAAAAAAUUUGAACCAGUAGCAGGUCCAUCGAAAAUAAAGUAUGUCAAAGAUGAGUCGAUGAAUAUUUCUGUAACAGACAAUUAUGAUUCAACACCUGAAGAAGAUAUGGGAAUAGAAAGUUUUUACAAUAAAUCUAAGUUAUUUGAUUUAUCUAUUGAAGAUGACGAGAUAGUAAAAAGUGAAUCUUUCGAAUUAGAAAGCCAAAGUAUAUUAGAUAAUAAGCCGCAAGUAAAGAUUGAACAAGAUUCGGUAUCCAAACGUAAUAAAAAUAGAAAAUUUAAAUCAAAAAUUCUGACGCCAAAAAUUAGACCUCCCACUAAAGAAUAUAUUUUAUCAACAUUACAAACAUUUUCCAUUCCAAAAACAAGAAACCCCGCCCCAUAUUUUUCGAGUUACAAAGAUGUUGGUGAUAAAGUAGAAAUAGGUCAAAUGGUAUUACAAUUAAAAAGCAGACUGAUGCAAGACCAAAAACCAUUUGAUAAAGUUUUGGACGCUACGAGUAUAGAAGAAUGGCGUCAGUUAUUAUUUUUGCAGACAAACGAAAUGUCUGACGAAACUUCAAAGCCCGAUAAACUAAAACUGUUGCUUGCUAAUAACAGACAAUGUAUAUUGCGACCUUUGAAACGCCCACCUACCCGAAGUGAAGUAAUAAAGUGGAUUGAAAUUAACCAAACAGUUUUAAAGGCAGAUGAAUUGAGCGAUGAUAAUGUUAAAGAGAUUCUUGUAAACAAUGAAGAGUUGGAAUGUUCUCAAGCUAUAGGCCUCAAUGAAUUAAACAAUACGAUCAGCUUGGAAUUAACAGAUAAGGAAAAAUCUGAAUUAAAUAAUACACUCCAAGUUACAAUGCAGCCUGAUGGAUCAUUUCUAUGUUUUGGAAGCAUUGAAAAUAAUAAAGAAAAUUCGCUGGUUUCUCAAACAGUUGAGACUGAUUUUCUUACGUUGAUGCUCUUAGAGGUACAUACGUCUGUUCGAGGAGAUCUUAAUCCUGAUCCAGGAAUUGAUCAAAUAGAAGCUGUUUUUCUUUCAGUUACAAAUGACUGUCCUCCUAAUCACCGUUUACAAAGGAAUGUUACUGAAAUUUUUGUUGUCGAUAAUACUAGCGGAACUAAGUUCUUAGACAAAUGUGUAUUCGAUUACGAUAUAAAUUACGUGAAUGACGAAAAUACUAUAUUAGAAAAGAUCAUAGAUUUCGUCCGGAAACACGAUCCCGAUAUAAUGUGUGGAUAUGAGAUAGAAAUGAAUUCUUGGGGCUACAUUCUUGAGAGAGCGCAAGUAUUGGGAUUGGAAAUGAUAAGAGAAAUUUCUAGAAUCACGGAGAAAAAUCGUCAGAAACGAUAUAGAAACGAUGAAAACGAAUUCGAGGGUAGAGUAAUUGGAAGAAUCACUUUUAAUGUUUGGCGUUUAUUUCGAUACGAACUCGCUUUGUCGAGCUACAGUUUUGAGAAUUGUAUGUAUGAAGUGUUAAAAGAAAGGGUGCCGAGUUAUACUUAUGCCCAAUUAGCUGGAUGGUGGAAUGACCAAUCUAGAAUAUUGCGAUGGAUUCCGGUGGAAUAUUAUCUGACUAAAUUAAAUGGGACUGUAAGAAUGUUGGAUAAGCUUGAUAUAAUCAAUCGUACAUCAGAACUAGCGCGACUAUUCGGGCUACAGUGGUGGGAGGUUUUGUCGAGGGGAUCUCAAUUCCGGGUGGAAUCGCUGAUGCUCCGCGCGGCGAGGCCUCUUAACCUGGUUGCACUGUCACCCACCGUGAAGCAGAGGGCUGCUAUGCGUGCACCAGAGUGCCUGCCUCUUAUAUUUGAGCCAGAAUCACGUUUCUACUCAGAUCCUGUCAUAGUUUUAGACUUCCAAAGCCUCUAUCCGUCCAUGAUGAUUGCAUACAAUUAUUGUUUCUCAACUUGUAUAGGAAGAGUACAAAAUAUAAACGGUAGCGCCCCAUACGAAUUCGGAGCGUGGCGAUUGCGAAUACCGCAAAAUAAAUUGGAGGCUUUAAUGAAAAGCGGCCUCGUUCAUUGGUCGCCUGUAGGAGUGGGAUUCGUAAAAUCUUCAGUUCGACGAGGAGUCUUACCAGCGUUAUUGAGAAGAAUCCUCGCGGCCAGGCAAGCCGUAAAAAAAGGCAUGAAACUACAGACAGACGAAGCCGUGAAGAAGGCCAUGCAUUCAAGACAAUUAGGAUUGAAAUUAAUAGCGAAUGUGACGUACGGAUACACAGCGGCCAACUUCAGUGGUCGUAUGCCGUGCGUGGAAGUUGGCGACAGUGUGGUGGCUAAGGGAAGAGAAACGCUCGAACGUGCGAUCAGACUUGUGAAGAGUAGCAAGUGGAAUGCUAAGGUUGUCUAUGGCGACACGGACUCUAUGUUCGUGUUGGUACCGGGCGGCACUCGCGCGGAAGCAUUCGAGAUCGGCCAACAGAUAGCUGAUGCUGUGACCGCCGAUAAUCCCUCGCCGGUCGCACUUAAGCUAGAAAAGGUAUAUCAGCCUUGCAUCUUACAAACUAAGAAACGUUACGUCGGCUUUAUGUAUGAAAGCCCAGAUCAAGAGAAGCCAGUAUACGAAGCCAAAGGUAUAGAAACUGUUCGAAGAGAUGGCUGCCCAGCUGGUGUUAAGCUUCUCCAGCGCUCUCUGUGUGCGUUAUUCGAAACUGGCGACAUGUCUCUCGUGAAGCGAUUGGUGUGCGGUACGUUAACAAAGCUGGCUGCGGGCAGUCUGUCGCCGCAAGAACUGUUCUUCACGAGGGAGUAUCACGGCCCCGCCGGAUAUCGACCGGGCGCCGCCGCUCCGCCUAAUGAAAUCGCGAAGCGGCUGGUAUCUCGCGACCGCCGCCGCGCGCCCCGCUCCGGCGAGCGGGUGUCGUGGCUGGUGUGCGCAGGCGCACCUAAUACACCGCUAGUGAAACUAUCGCAUUCACCGAGAGAACUGCUGCGCGAUGCGUCGUUAUCUCCGCACGUCGCGUACUAUGCGACGAGGGUUCUUUUGCCGCCGCUGCAUAGAUGUCUUUCUUUGCUUGGUGUGGAUGUAUUGAAGUGGUGGCAAGAGAUCGGCUGGAGCCGUGAAGCGCAGAUAGAAAGGUCGGGCGCUGCGGGCGGGAUCGCGCGGUAUAUGGAGCGCGGCAGAUGCGCUGUGUGCGGCGCACGCGGUGCGCGCUCUCUGUGCGCUCCGUGCGCCGCACGCACGCGCCCCUCCGCCGCGCUACUCGCCGCUAGACACGCCAGGGCAGAUGAGCACGUGCAAUAUUGCUACCAAAUUUGUAACUCAUGUUGCGGCCACCCGCGACACAUGGAAUGUGUGAACACGGAGUGCCCUGUUCUGUGGCGACGAGUAUCCGCCCAACAGAAAUUGCAGCAAAUACGCGACAUCACAGCUAACUUACCGCCCAACUAUAUGGAAGAGGGAAUCGGUUUUUAGCGGUUCGGUUUUAGUCAAUAUAUUUUUAAUUAAUUAUUUAUUGGCGAAAGUCAAUAUAGAAUCAUGUAGUUAAAAUAUUUAUUAAUAAAUCUUUUUAUAUCUA